UCCUGUACGUCUUCUAUAAAUACUGAUCGAAUUGAUAAGCUCCUCCAUAAUCCAUUCAGUGCAACAAUAAGCAAGCAUUCCCAAAAAUCCUCAAAGUUAGAACUGUUAAAGCUAGCUAUUAGUCAAAAGAAUCACGGUGGAGAUGGAACCAAAGGUGUUGCAUUUCGAGAACCCAGAAACUGAUGAUGAGACACUGAUUAAAGAGUUGCAAGCUAUGGUUCAGGCCGAUUUGGAUGAUGCAACUCAAUUACUAAACGGAGAAAUAAGAGCCAACACCAAUAUCAGCAACCGUACCAACCACGUGCUCACAAAGAUUGACACUUAUUUUUGGGCUGGAGAAAUGGUUAAUACGUGGUGGCCUGAUUUGGUUUCAAACGCAGUUUACCUAUUUGUCCAGAAAGGUACUCUCCCUCAAGGAAUCAAGUGGGGUUUUUCCUUAGCUACUGGUACCGAAUCCACUGAUCGUAAAUGGGUUGCGGCUUUUGAUGUGCUUGCCAGAAAGGCUUACUGUGAAUGCGGACCCAUCGGUCCAGUGGACUGGAAUGUAGUUGAAGAUAGAAUGGGUAAGUCUGGGAGCAUCAGCGAGUAUGUUGACCCUAUUUUUGGAGGAAGUAUCAAAGUUCAGUUCUAUGAGGGACAAUAUGGUGUCAUACCACACGCAUCUCUCCAAUAGAGUGGUAGCCUGAGAUCAUAACCACCAUCCUUCCAUUUUAAGUACUUUGUGUCCGUGAAAUGUUUAUCUUUGUUACCAAGCAUACAAUCUUUAUAUGAAAUUAUAAAUAAACUGUAUUUAUUAUUCGUCAA